AUGCCGCCAGCGCAAUUCAGUUCCGGAGGUGUUCUCCGAGAUGCGACACUCCGCCAGACCCUCCACAUGUCUGUCGGCGCCCCGAAGAUCAAGAUCACGAUUUCCAACACCUUCGGUGGGUCUGAUCUCCCCAUCACCGCAGGUUCCGUUGGGCUUCCAGCAGGUGAUGCGGCGGGUGUUAGUGGCAUUCAAGCCUCGCCACUGGCUGCCAUCACUGUUGGUGGAAAAAGCAGCUUUACUGUGCCCAAGGGCCAGGUUGUUACCAGCGACGAAAUUACUUUCGAAGUCAAGCCGCAGAGCAUGCUCACAGUGAGCUUGUACAGUCAGCAGGGGCAGAGCGGAAGCAGUAUCACUGGUCAUCCAGGCAGUAGGACGACUAGUUGGUUUGUGAGUGGAAACAAGGUCAAUGCUACGACUUUCUCUGGAACUUCCAGUGUGCACUGGUACUUCGUCAGCGCCGUUCAAGCCUACGUACCAACCAACACCAACUCUUUGAUGGUCCUUGGCGACAGCAUCACCGAUGGACGUGGUUCAGAUGACAACAAGAACAAUCGCUGGCCCGACCUCGUACUCGCCCGACUCCAAUCUUCCAACCACACCAACGUCGCCGUUUGCAACCAAGCUGCAGGCGGCAACACAGUCUUGAGCGGCGGUCUGGGCCCACCUCUGCUAACUCGCUACAAGCGCGACGCCAUCGAUCAGCCCGGCGUCAAAUGGGUGAUGGUCUUUGAGGGCGUCAACGAUAUCGGGGGCGGUGCUAAUAAUGCCGCCACGCAAACCUCCAUCGGUGAUCGCCUCAUCGCAGCGUUCAAGCAGAUCGCUGCUGAUGCGAAGAAAGCUGGUUACACCACGAUCGGUGGGACGAUUACGCCUUUUGCGGGAAACAGCUAUCAGGGUGCUGAGAGGGAGAAGACGAGGAAAAGGGUGAACAAGUGGAUUCUGGAGAGUGGGAACUAUGAUUUUGCGGUUGAUAUUGCGGGCAUGGUCGCGAAUAAGGCGAAUACCGAGCAGUUGGAUCCGAAGUACAAUGGGGGUGAUGGGUUACAUCCAAAUGUCGCGGGUUACCAGGCGAUUGCUGAUGCGUUUCCAAUUGAUAUCUUCAAGACGUGA